CCGCCGCCGCCGCCUCGCGCUCGCCUCGCCGCGUAUGUGGCCGACGUGUGAGAUGCACUGCUGAGCAUCAGCUCGCGCCCGCCUCAGCCCGGCCCCUCGGCCCUCGCGAACAGUGUCUAUCAGUGCAGUGUGCCACUGGGGCAUUGUUUUAUGAAGUUAUAAUAAAUAAAUCAGCAAUGGGUUAAAGUGGAUUUAUUAUAUUUAUAUGCGUAUGAAACUUUAUCAUGAUGCCCAGAUAAUAACUCCGAUGUAAAAGACAAAUAAAGCGAACACAAUACUGAACGUUAUUCGUUUCCCUUCGCCCUUCCCUUUCCGUCUGUCAAAGUUUUCCUCUUGAGAAUCCCGUUAAUAAGCGCUCAUAUAAGUCGACUGACAUAUCGAUACCUUAACUUAUCUUAACUUCUAAGCCAACUUUGAAGACUGAACUAGAUCUUUAUAACAAAUUGUUAUUCUUAUUAUAUUCUUACAAAAGUGCCAAACAUAGAAGAUAACGAGGUUGAUAUUGUCUGGUGACGCGUCGGGAGGACUUAACAGUGCAGUGACGUAUGGUGAUAUUGUGUGCGUGCGCAUGUGUGUGUGAGUGUGUGUGCGUGGAGCGGCGCAGGCGCGUUGGCUCGAGGGCGCGCACGGCUCCAAGGUGGUCGGAGGCGGGGUGUUCCGUUGCUGCGUGCCCUGGUGCGGGGCGCGCGCGGCGGCGCCUGUCGACGACGCCGACUAUGCCCUGCGGGAGGGCAGCCCGCAACUAUCCCACGAUGAAUAUGUCGCCCCAGAGCCUGUAAUAAGCUCACCGCGUCCAAUUGGUCAACAGUCCCCGCUACCGGGGAUCGAGGAAGAGGACGAUUCUGAUUGGCCUCUCGAGGACGCCACGGACUUGACGAUCACACCCUCUUACAAAAGCACGAGAAGUAGUACUGACACUGCUUACACUUCGUCUAGAAGUUCGGGGAAGAAGCGUAGUUUUGGGAGUCCGUCGUCCGUGAAGAUAUGUAUAUCUGCGGCGGCUAGGAAGUCCAAUAAAGCACGUAAGCGUGGCUCGGGGGCGGCCAGCGCGUCGCCUUCGCCCGGGCAGGCCGGCGAGGACGCUGCGCCCGCGCCGCAGCCGGCGCUCGGCAGGAUGCAAGCCGAACAGGGCAGCAUCGGCGAGCUGCAGAAGUACCACGGCCGAUACCUCAAGAGUCGACGUCACACGCUAGCUAACGUUCGAUUAAGCUUCGAUGUGGAAAACGGGGGUGGUGCGGGAGGCGCGGGGGGCGCGCGCUCCCCCCUCGAGGGGGGCUCGCCGUCCACCGCGCUCGUCCUGCAGGCCAUGCCGCAGCGCCGCGAGUCCUUCCUCUACCGCUCAGACUCCGACUUCGAAAUGUCGCCCAAAUCUAUGUCGAGGAACAGCUCGAUUGCCAGCGAAAGAUUCAAGGAGGCCGAGGCGGCACAAUUGGACAGAGCCCACGGGGAAGACUUGAUCGUGACGCCCUUCGCGCAGGUCCUAGCGAGCCUGCGCAGUGUUCGCAACAACUUCUUAUGCCUCACCAACGUGCCGGUCGCCAAAUCACGGAGGUCGUCGGGCGCAGCAUCUGCCGUUACACCACAACCCAAGAAUUUAAACCCUGGAGAUACGGGGAAAAAUAUAGGUAAUAGUGUGAACCGGAAUAAUGACGAAGCCUACAUGAAGCUAGCCUUAGAAACCGUUGAGGAGCUGGACUGGUGCCUGGACCAGCUCGAGACCAUACAAACACACCGCUCCGUGUCCGAUAUGGCUUCACUCAAGUUCAAGCGCAUGCUGAACAAGGAGCUGAGCCACUUCUCCGAGUCCAGCAAGUCCGGCAACCAGAUCUCAGAGUACAUCUGCUCCACAUUUUUGGACAAACAACAAGAUAUCGACCUACCAUCUCUACAAGUGGACGAGGGUGCUGAAGCGCGUGCCAAGAAGAAGGACAAACCGCGUCAUGCCGGCCCUGCGACCACCAUGUCACAAAUCUCUGGCGUUAAGCGAACACUGACGCAUACCAACAGCUUCACUGGAGAACGCGUGCCAAGAUACGGAGUCGACACUCCCCAUGAAGAAGAUUUAGGCCGUCAACUGGGUGAAAUUGAUCGAUGGGGUGUGGACAUCUUCCGCAUUGGAGACUUGUCGUGCGGGCGACCUUUGACUGCCGUAGCUUACGCCGCGUUCACGUCCAGGGAGCUACUGGGAACACUACAGAUCCCAGCGCGCACGUUCCUUGCCUUUGCCAUCACCCUGGAGGAACACUACGUGCGCGACAACCCAUUCCACAACUCCCUGCACGCGGCUGAUGUCGCGCAGUCGACGCACGUGCUGCUCAACACACCGGCGCUGGAUGCAGUGUUCACCCCCAUAGAAACGUGCGCCGCUCUGUUCGCGGCGUGCGUACACGACGUCGACCACCCUGGCCUCACCAACCAGUUCCUCGUCAAUUCGAGCUCAGAACUUGCUCUCAUGUACAACGAUGAGUCAGUUCUAGAGAACCAUCAUCUUGCCGUAGCGUUCAAGCUUCUCCAAAAUGAGGGAUGUGACAUAUUCAUCAAUCUUCACAAGAAGCAGAGACAAACGUUGCGAAAGAUGGUCAUAGACAUGGUGCUUUCAACGGACAUGUCUAAACACAUGAGUCUAUUAGCAGACCUCAAAACUAUGGUUGAAACAAAGAAGGUAGCUGGAAGUGGCGUGCUAUUACUAGACAAUUAUACAGACAGAAUACAAGUGUUGGAGAAUCUCGUACAUUGUGCUGAUCUGAGUAAUCCCACUAAACCGCUGCCGCUAUAUAAACGAUGGGUAGCUUUACUUAUGGAAGAAUUUUUCCAACAAGGAGACCGUGAGAGAGAACAAGGAAUGGAUAUAAGUCCAAUGUGUGAUAGGCAUAAUGCGACGAUAGAAAAAUCUCAAGUCGGAUUCAUCGACUACAUUGUUCACCCUCUAUGGGAAACAUGGGCAGAUUUAGUACAUCCAGACGCUCAAGACAUUCUGGACACUCUAGAAGAGAACCGUGACUACUAUCAAAGUAUGAUACCCCCGUCACCGCCGCCAGCACCCAUACAGACGCAUUCACUGCCCGAUGAUGAUCGCCCCGAACAAAUACGCUUUCAAGUAACGUUAGAGGAGGGUGAAGGUUCAGAGGAGUGCGAAGGGGAGGGUGAUGGCGGGAUGUGACGGAAACUACUGGGAAUCUGCAAGAAACUCACUGAGAAGAUGCAAGUGUGGUGGAAGCUCUGGCAGUAGCGCGGCGCCGGCCGGCCCGGGGCGGGGCUUGUUGAUAUAGUAAUACUUGUUGACGCUUACCCUCCAAAUGGAACGAUCCCGAUGCAUCGUCACAUUUCGAUCAUGAUUAUUUUUAUGUGAUUAUUACGCAAUGUUGUUUAGAAAAUACCUAACGACUAAAUAAUUAUGUCCCUCCAAUGACUGUAACGUUCGAUUGUCUAGUAUUUUUACUAUUGUUUCGUUUUGUCUAACCAAAGAUAUAUGAAAUGUUCUUUCGUUCACGGAGACGUUCGAUAAUCCCUGUAAGUAGUUAGUAUUCGGUUCUUAAUGAGUCGUGUAAGUAGUUAUAGUCGUCGAUGCCGCAUAAUAUAUAUCGGCUCGACUAAUUAAGGACAUUGAAAACGCUUAUUAAUUGGUAUGAAAGGGUAAUUUAUAUUGUCAUAUCAUCCACGUUUCUCAUAUUUAAUACGGGUUUGCGAUAAUGAUGUUAUUCACCAAAAUAUAUUAACAUGAUAGAUAUCCUAAAUAUAAAAUCUAUUUUAAGGUAAAUUUUAAAAAUUGCCUUUCGGAGUUGUUGUUGUGUCUUUUCUGAAUAUAUAAUAUUCGGCCAGCCUGUUCUCACACUCCGACAGCUCCCGGCCGGACUCUGUCCACUCGGAACAUCAUGUCAGCCCCUGAGGAACACAUGUCGAUAUUCAUAUUGUCGGAAGGUCGAAUUCAUUACUUAAGAUCUCUCUUCGUAUUUGGUCGGGGGUCAAAAAAGACACUUUACCAAAUUCAUCCUAUUAGAAAGCUUUACUUGAUUUUUGUGAACCUAACUGCACCUCAUUACUUAUGGAGGAUCGCUGGCGAUCCGUUUACUUUUCUCUUUAGAGUAAUGUAUUAUUAUUUUUGUAAUGUUACGUAUAUUAUUCUAGUUCUCUUUUACCAAAAUACAAAACAAAAAAAAUUGUCAUGAAUCUUAAAGUUUUCGUGUACGCAACUAACGGCUUGAAGUGUUUGAUUAAAUUGUUAAGUACUAACAAAUGAGUGGUUUGCGACUAAGUUUUAUUUUUAGUGAAUUCAAAUGUCUAUUUGCUGAGUAAGUCCAAACUGUUCGGCGCGCGGGCCGGGUCUUGCAAUAGUAGUAGGUAGUUCGGAAACACUUCGCACAACUGUUUCUACUUCAUCCAUUUCAUGCCAAAUAUGCUCCUUUCAUUAACUAUAUCAUAUCAAACAAUAUCAGAAUCGCUGUGCAGAUCUGAUUUCACCUAUGUGUAACAAUAUUUGUGUACCUACAUAGAUUUUUCUCGUAAGGAAAAGAUCGUAAUAACUGAUACUUUUUAUAUAUAUAAAACACCACUGUGUAAAAGAUGUAAUAUAAAUAAGUAGAUGUCUGAAAAUUGUACAUUGGAUGGGAAAUCUAGAUUUUAUCCAGUUUCAUGUUCGUCGCUUGCGACCUUUUCAUGUUUGUGACAAUGUUAUAUCAAUUAGCAUGCACAUAGCCACUUGAGCAUUCAGCUAUACAUACAUACUCGUCUAUAAACUUCGUGUAGGUACAUUUACAAUACUAUAAGGAGGGUGUAAUACUUAAUGAACCUGUAUUAUUUUUGCAUUUCAUCAUCCAUCUUUUUAUUUUUAAUGGACGAUUCUAAGAGCUGGUCUCUUUUCCUUCAUGUACUCAAAAGAUAUUUUGUUUUAAACUGAUUAAAUGAUUUUAGUUCCUCGCACUUCACCUUGUUUUGUAUUGUUGAUUUUGAUCAUCAUGAAGAUGUCCCUUAGUAUUAUUAUGAAAGUAUUGUCUAAGUCAUCGUUUCCCUCAUCCAUCAGCAUCAAGAAGGAAGGUCCAAUGUACAUUAUUUUCGUAGAUAAAUUAAGAUUUUGUCGGCGAGCAAAUACUACGAGCAUGUGUGCAUCGCCUAUCUUCAAAGUGUCUGAUUUUAAACUGCAUAGUUUAGAUAUUUGGUACCUACGUCAACGUAUAUAUACAUACAUACCUACUACAUUAAAAAAAAUUGGAUACGCUUAACUACUUGUGUGUUAUAAAAUAGAAACGUUACGCUUAGAAUCAUUAAUUUUCUAAUUAAAACAUACGUAUUUGUAACUAAUUGUGUUGAAUAUGAUAUUCGUACUGCAGUAGAUCUGUGUAUUACGUACGUACCCAAUCUUUGGUAAUUCACAUAAUGUGAACAUUUGCAUGUACCUACCUUGUACCUUUGCCGAAUUGUCAUAACCAUUUUAUAAUAACUGUACAAUGAACAUGAUAAAUGAUCAGAAUGUAUAGGUAUCUAGAUAAUGUAGGUACUCGUUGUCAUAUGUCUUAUUUCAGUGGAUUUGCCUACCUAAUGCAAUAAAAUGGUAUAUAAUGUAAUCAAAGUGGCAUGUGUAAUGUGCUAAGCAACAGUUGUAGUGUGCACCGUCCUGCGUGACUCGUGAUGCUUCUACCAAAGACCGUUUGAUAGUAAUGAGCACCAAGUGUUGGCUUAGCGCAUCGGACAUGCCAGCGUUCAAUAGUCAUGUAGGAUACUUGUUUUCACCAAAGGUUUUCAGUGUUGUGUAUAUGUUUUGUCAUUAUGGAGAACUAUCGCUAAGAUUGGAUAAUACCUAGUUAAAUAUUAAUACCGAGUUAAAAGUGUGCAAUGCUGGUCAUUUGCAUUACUUAUUAUUUAUGUUUAAAAUAAAAAAAAAUAGCUUGUAAUAGUUUAAAUGAAUAUUUGAGUUGAAUUAAAGAAUAUUAAUGUAUUUAGAAUAAAAAGAUAUGGGAGAAAACUC